CGAAGAAAGAACUGUCAAGUUAAUGCUGCCUACUAGAUAUUUAAGUAUUGUUUACAAUUUCUUACAUGUGCUCAUUAAGGUUCAGGCAUUAUUUGAAAAUUGCAAUCAUGUAAUUAAUCUGAAGGCGAAUGAAAAAUUGUACAUAAACUCAUCAAAUUAUCAUCUCGAGCCCUAUCUGUCGCGCAGUGCUUGCCGGUACCUGCUGAAAGCUCCAACAGGCUACCAAAUUAAACUGGAAUGUAACCUGAGACUGAAAUUGCCCCCUUCUGUCACCGAUUGUCGCCAGGAAAUCUUCUAUUUUAAUGCUGAGGGCAACGAGGUGUUAACCGAGUCAGAGUAUUUUUGUGGUUCGGGUGAAAUCAAACGAAAAAGUUUCCUCAAUCAAGCUGUAAUUUCAUACAUUUCAACAGUUGACUACAAGAACAACGCUAACAAUAACAACAAUAACAACAACAACAACAGGUAUGCCAGGCAAGCAAUGGCAAUAAAUGAAGAUAUAACAAUUUCCGAUAGUGGCACUAAAAGUGGUAGCUUAAGCACUUUAACUAAACCGAGACUAAGUGAAAGAAGAGUAACGAAAGAACGAAAGAGGAAACAAAUAGCAGGAACAACAACAAUAACUUCAAGUGCAACAGUAGCUGCCAGCAACAACACAAGCACCGUCUUCGCCUUUGCUAACAUUUCAAUGAUUUUUUUAAAACCAUUGCUUGCCCAUGAACGAGCAUUGUUCGGUUAUGUGAUUGCCUUGUUGUCUAACAAAAUUGGUACAAAAACUUUUACAAAACCAAUACAAGCAACAAGCGUAACAACAAGUGUUUCUUCAAAAGUUAAAAGUGCUCAGAGACGUUGUAAGAUUUCCUUUAAACGUGCCGGCAAAAUCUUUACCAGCCAUCAAGACCAUGCAGAAAUUGGCGGCUCUUUUUCAUGCUUAAUCGAAACGAUUGAGGCAACAUGUGAAUGCGGUCGGUCAUCAGCAACUUCAAUAGCAGUAGUGAAAGUGACCACCACCUCGCAGACAAAUAACGAUUGGGAUGGUGAGACGGGUGUCAAUGAAUUUCCUUCAAUGGCCGGCGUGAUGACCGUAAAAUACAAGCAAAUUUUUUGUGGAGCAACUAUAAAAAGAAAAACCUGAGUAAUAGAAAGAAUUGAAUUU